AUGGCGGGCCGGCAGCGGCACCGGCUGCUGCUGGAGAACGCGGAGCAGCUGGUGCUGGUGUGCGGCCGGCGGGAGCCGUACCUGCGGCGGGACGGCGCCAACAGGCUGUGCCUGCUGCGGGCCGCCAGCCUGGUGGUGGGGCUGGACGGCUGUAUCAAAGCUGUGGGCCAGGCAGAUGUUAUUCGCAAUGAGUUUUCAGAAGCAUCGUUUGAAAGGAUAAUUGACUGCUCCGGCAAGUGCGUGUUGCCAGGCCUGGUAGAUGCACAUACACAUCCAGUGUGGGCUGGUGAUAGGGUUCAUGAGUUUGCAAUGAAGCUGGCAGGUGCAUCCUACAUGGAGAUCCACCAGGCUGGGGGAGGGAUCCACUUUACGGUGGAGCACACUCGGAAGGCCACGGAGGACGAGCUGCUGGCCACGCUGCGGCAGCGCCUGGGCCGCAUGCUCCGGGCGGGAUCCACCCUGGUGGAGUGCAAGAGCGGCUACGGCCUGGACCUGGACACUGAGCUCAAAAUGCUGCGGGCGAUUGAGCGCGCGCGGAGAUCCACCGACAUCGGCAUCUCCUCCACCUACUGCGGAGCUCACGCCGUGCCCAAAGGGAAAACUGCUACUGAAGCCACAGAUGACAUUAUCAAUAACCACCUUCCAAAACUGAAAGAACUCAAACUAAGUGGUGAAAUACAUGUUAACAAUAUAGAUGUGUUCUGUGAGAAGGGAGUCUUUGAUCUGGAGUCUACAAGGAGAAUACUUCAAGCUGGAAAAGAUAUAGGGUUACAGAUUAACUUCCAUGGUGAUGAACUGCAUCCGAUGAAAUCUGCUGAGCUUGGAGCUGAGCUGGGAGCCCGGGCCAUCAGCCACCUGGAAGAAGUUAGUGAUGAAGGUAUUGUGGCCAUGGCAAGAGCUAAGUGUGCUGCUGUCCUUCUGCCAACGACAGCCUACAUGCUAAGACUGAAGCAACCUCAAGCUAGAAAAAUGUUGGAAGAAGGUGUUAUAGUUGCUCUUGGCAGUGACUUUAAUCCUAAUGCAUACUGUUUUUCAAUGCCUAUGGUGAUGCACCUGGCCUGUGUAAACAUGAAGAUGUCAAUGAAUGAAGCACUGGCAGCUGCCACCAUUAAUGCAGCUUAUGCUCUGGGCAAAUCGGACACACAUGGCUCCUUGGAAGUUGGCAAGCAGGGGGAUCUUCUUAUCAUAAACUCAUCAAGGUGGGAGCACUUGAUUUACCAGUUUGGUGGACAUGAAGCAUUGAUCAACUACGUUAUAGUUAAAGGAAAAGUCAUCUAUGAAAAUGAGAGGUGUGAGGCAAUGAGCAGUUACUGA